AGGUCCCAAAACUGGAAACUCAUUCAGUCCCUUCUGAAUGGAGUGUCUUUAACAUGAGAGUGGAGGACUUAACUUUCAGCAACGUAAAUAUGAGAGCCCUGCAUUCGCUCCUCGUCGGUGCCUUCCUGACCCUGCUGCUCUGCCUCCCCAGUCCCAGUUCUGGAGAAUCCUACUUUGGAGACAGCCACUGUAUGUUUCAGUCCAUCCAAGAUGUCUCCACCUUCACGCUGUCACUACAGAUGAAGACGAGUCGGCGCAGCGGGCUGCUGUUACUGGCUGCAGGGAUGGAAGACUACCUGUUCCUUGAGCUCCAGAACGGCAAAAUACAGGUGCGGAUGAACAUGGGAUCUGGAGAAGUAACACUAACCUCAUCUCAAGGAGUACAGCUCAGCAAUCUUCUUGAUCACAAAGUUGCACUGACACUGCAGGAUGGCAAGCUCACAAUGACAAUUGAUGAUCUCUACCCAACAUACGUCCCUGUGAGCAACGAUGGGGAAGAGCUCAAUAUUGACAAGGGAAUUUGGCUCGGAGGAACGGGAAACCUGGACGCUCCCUACCUCAGCAAUGCUAUUCCCCCCUUCCGUGGCUGCAUGACUCAGGUCAAUUUCGAAUCCCAUCAUUUUAGUCUUCUCAGCCCACUGCUUAAACAAUGCCACGACACGAAGGAAUCCUGCAGCAGUGAGUUUGAGGCUGGGGAUGGGGAGACAACUAGUUUUAGCACUCCUGAUUCCUUUGUGUCAUUCUCCACCUGGAGCAGGGCUAGUGGUGCCCCAAGGACCUUAGAGUUCCUAAUGAAAACCACCAUUGAUGAUGCGUUACUUGCGUUCCACCCUGGCCGAGAGUCAGACUUCAUUGCUAUUGGAGUUGUGGAAGGCCAUCUUAAAGGUAUGCUGGAACUCGGCAGUGGUGUGGGGACACUGGAAAAUACCAAGGUGAAGCUGAAUGAUGAUCAGUGGCAUAGAGUUAAAGUUCAAGUCAGUCAGGACUCUUUUGUUCUAAAUGUAGACAGUGAGCCGACGUCCCUUCCUCUUGACUCAUCACAAAGUCUGGACUUAGUUGGGAACCUGUAUUUGGGAGGCAUCCAGGGGAAAAUGAAGGACGUUUUUCGUGAGAGCGGGUCCUUAGUUCAUGUUGAGGAAGACAUGACAGCUGAAUCCUUCAUCGGAUGCUUGGGAGAAAUCAAAGUAAAUCAGAAGGACAGAAGCCUGCAGGAUGCUUUGGUUACUAAAGAUGUUCAUGUUAAAUGUGAAGGAGAGGACUAUGACUACUCAACUUAUUAUGACAUAGACACAACUACAACUUCCCCACCUGUAAGCAUUACAUAUGAUUUUGACUCGAAUGAACAGCACUGCGUCCCAACAGAUGACAUGCCAGAGAUAUUCAGAAAUGUAACAAAACUUCUUGAUGUCACCAAGUUGCUUGUGUCUGAAGGUCAAGAAGCUUUUCUUGAUAUCAACAACUUAAGCCCUACAUUUGACCUCAGUGCUGCAGAUAUGCGUCAGUCUCAGAUCAUCUUUACUCUCCUGACUGACCCCUGGUAUGGCCUGAUUGAUAUAAAUACUAGCACGAGGCGCACAAAUAAGUUCACUCUUAUGGAUGUUGUCAAUAAGAAAAUUAAAUAUAUGCAUGAUGGAAAUGAAAGACAUGAUGAUAAAAUCCAACUUGAGGUGGUUGUCCACAGCAGCAGUUACCUUCCAGAAUGUUUAAAAAGUAGUCAGGAGUAUGUAAUCCCAGUUAAUAUCAUUCCUGUCAACAAUAUACCACAACUUGGUGGAGGGGAAAUUACCAUCACAGAGUAUGGCCGGACUCAUUUGACUCCUAGUAGUCUUAACCUUUUUUUUUCGGAUUCUGCCACUCGCUGUGAUGCAGCAGUAGUAACCGUAACCUCAGGGCCUUCCAUGGAGGUUGGCUACUUUGAGAAUGAGCAGCAACCAGGAAGAAGCAUCUCAGAGUUCACUUGCAGAGAGCUGAAAGAUGGACAUAUUUAUUUUGUACACAGACGGGGGAGUGCUGGUAAAAUUGCAAUGCAAGUGUCCGAUGGAGAGUCACUAAGCUAUUCAGCUAAUUUUGAUUUCUCUGUGACACAACCACAUAUGACCAUAGUCACCAACACCGGCCUUCUUGUGUCUCAAGGAAGCAAUGCAUCCAUAGGUGUUCAAAAUCUGUCCGUAAUUGCCAAUCCUCGUAAUGGAGAAGUUAUGUAUAACAUCACACAACCGCUGAUUUACGGAGAGUUACACAAGAUGACAAGUGAUGGGAUGUACAAGCAAGUUACAACUUUCUUUCAGUCUGAUCUGGAUCACGAGAAUCUCAGAUACUUUAGCAAGGACCCAAGAGACCAGGAUGACAUUGUGGUGGAACGGAUUCAGUUCAACAUUCACCUGGGACAGUUCUCUCUCUGGAACAACAGCUUCUUGGUGAAGAUUAUCCCUGCACAAGUGAAAGUUUCUAAUCUGGUGCCACUGGAGAUGGAGGUCGGUGAAGAGCAAACUAUAGGACUUACAGAGCUUCAGGCUGAAGUAAAAGGCAAAAAUUCCAAUCCAGAAACUGUUAAAUACAUCCUUGUCCAGCCUCCAACGCUUGGUAGUCUCCGUUUAUCAAACAAAGAGUUAGUUGAGGGUGACAUGUUCACCCAGAAAGACAUUAUGGACAACACUGUUAGCUACAUGGCCCGCGUUCAAAGAGCCGUGGAUAGUACUGAUCAGUUUCAGUUCAGAGUCUUUGCUGAAGCCCAGUACUCUCCUCUGUACACCUUCCCAAUUAACAUCCUUGCCAGUGCAGAUGCUCCUGUAUUGACCUCUGAGAGGCUGGUUGUCUUGCAAGGUGGUGAGAAUGCUGUGAACAAAAACUACCUUUGGCUGCAGUCUCCAAGUUCUACAAAUUUUGUUUAUCAUAUCACACAAGUGCCAAAGCAUGGGCGGCUAAUAAGAGAUUCCCCACCUGGAAUGCCUAGAUUCGAGGGGGCAAUUAGAGUAUUUAGCAAUGAAGACCUCCAGCUCAGCAGGCUGAUUUACAAGCAUGAUGGCUCCAAGACAAGCAGUGACGAGUUCCAUUUCUCAGCAAGAGAUCAAGAGGCUGCAGAUUCAGAGAACCCGGAAACAGUGAGUGGUAUUUUCAAAAUACUGAUCAGUUCCAAGAACGAGCAUGCUCCUGUGAGGACUGUGGAUAAGGUCUUCAAUGUAGCCCGCUACGGUCAGCGCCUGCUAACAACUGAUGUCAUUCAGUUUAAGGAUGAUGAUUCAGGUUUCAAUGACACUCAGAUUGUCUAUGCUCGUGAGGGAAUCCUCUCGGGAAAUAUUGUCUCAACGUCUGAUCCAUCCCUGCCCCUUUUCCGAUUUACACAAGCGGACUUGCGAGAUAAGAACAUCCUAUUCAUUCACCAUGGAGCAGAUCGGGAACGCUUCUCCCUCCAGGUGUCAGACGGCUUCCACAAGACCACUGCGCUGCUUCAGAUCCAGGCAGGUGAGCCCUACCUCCGGGUGGUGAACAACACCCUCGUCGUCAUCGACCAAGGCAGCACCAAGACCCUUAACACCACCUUGUUGAGUGCUGACUCCAACAUGGACAUCAGGGAUGACAGUGAGAUCAAGUUCCAGAUUACGUCACCACCCAGCGACGGCAGGAUCAUUGUGAGCGGUAUUGAGGCUUUGGCGUUCACACAGGAGGACUUGAAGAAAGGAGUUGUGUCAUAUGAGCACAACUAUGACAGUCUGAGUUCCAAGGACUCCUUCAGCUUCACAGUCCAAGCGAAAGGACAUUCAGAAGAAGGCACGUUCAGGAUUAAAAUAUUUAAACAAGGUCACUUCUCUCAGCCUGAAGUUGUGACCAAUGAAAUCAUCAUUUCCUAUGAGGGAGAGCACACCGUGAUCAACCAGGACCACCUCAAGGUGGAGCAAGCUGAUAUUCUGCCUACAGAAAUGGUGUUCACCAUUAAAGAAUCUCCUCGGCUUGGUCACGUGGUGAGGCUGACAAACAGUUCAGACAGCGCGGCCUCGCCAGUCCUUGACUACAUUCACUCCUUCACUCAGGAAGACAUUGAUCUGGGGAACAUUCUCUACGUGUCUCCACCCACCCAGGGAAGUGACGCCUUCACAGUGGACGUCAGUAAUGGCUUUACAACAGUGGAGGACCUGCACAUCAAAGUGGACAUCGUGCCACGGCUUAUCCCCAUCCUGAGCUUCAACUUCACCGUGAAGGAGGGCCUCAGCAGGGCAAUUAACGCAGAUAUUGUGAAAAUCUUACAUCCCUUUUACAGCUCAGCAAACAUUGACUUCGUUGUUGAACAGCCACCACAGCACGGGGAUAUCCGUUACCAGGAUGGAGAUGAACUUUCUUACUUCACGUGGGAAGAGCUGAAACUUGGACACGUCUUCUACAUGCACGACAGCACCGAGAGCACAGAGGACAGUUUCAAGCUCUCUGCCUCAGCUUAUGAGAUUGAUCGGCGAAGCCUCCCCUUCACCGUCCACAUCACUAUCAUACCAGUCAACGACGAGCCACCGAAACUGACACGUAACACGGGCCUGGAGGUUCUGGCUGGCGAGGAAGCUGACAUCACCUCCAGCAUGCUGACCACCGAGGACGCAGAUACACCCGCAGAGGAGCUGGUUUACCACGUUGAGAUGCCGACCAGCGGCGUGGUGGCGCUGAAGGAGGCGCCCGACGAAAGCAUUCUAAACUUCACACAGGCUCACAUCAACAAAGGGGAGGUCAUCUUCAUACACGAGGGUGAGGAGUCCGGUGGCUUCAGAUUCACCGUGACAGACGGAGAGCACACUUCUCCUCUCUACCAAUUUGUCGUCACAGCCAGGCCUCUCACCAUCACCAUGGAAACGCAGGAGGAGCUUGUAGUAUUUCCAGGAACGAGGCAGCUCAUCACUAAUGCCAAUCUGGGGGCUGUAACCAGUGACGAUGGAAAUGAGAUAAGCUACUCACUCAUCCGCCCACCUCGUUUGGGAAGACUCAUCCUGGCCAAUGACAGGAACCAGUAUGAGGAAAUUAGCAGCUUCUCUCAAUCACAGCUGGAAUCAGGAGUGGUCUACUAUGAACACCAGCUACCCACAGAGCCUUUCUGGGUUGUGAGGGACGCCAUCGAGCUUUCACUGUCAUCCCAACCUGCGCCAGAUGUCCGUCACAUCCUGCCCAUCACCAUCUCUUACUAUGCUGCUCACAGCAACAUCUCCUCACAGCUGUGGAGGAACAAAGGUCUGGACAUUGUACAGGGUCAGAGGAAGACCAUUGACAAUUCAAUUCUUGAUGCCUCCAACCUGCUGGCUAGCCUGCCUGAAGAUAAGAGAGAAGAUGCGGACGUAGUUUUUGAGAUCAAGCGUUUCCCUGGUCAUGGCCGUAUCACCCUGGGUGGUCAGGAACUGCCCCGCGAUGCCCCAUCCUUCAUGCAGGAAGAUGUAACUCAAGGGAAUCUGGAGUUUCUCCAUGACGACUCAGAGGCCUCCUCUGACAGCUUCUCUUUCAGGGCCCGCCUGAAGUCUGAGGGUGGUGGCGUGACCUCGCCUGCAGAGUCUGUGGUCCUGGAGGAGGUCUUUAACAUCUCAAUCAAACGGAGGGGCUCUGACCCCCCUGAACUAGUCACAAUAGACAUGCUAUUAGAGGUUCUUCAAGGCUCCAUGACCACCUUAUCUCAGAGGCAUCUUAACACUCAAGAUGAAGACAGCCCGCCAGAUGAGGUUCGCUUCAAGGUAACCAAAGCCCCAAGCAAUGGUCAACUGGUUAAUGUGAACACAAUGGAUCCGGUCUCUGAGUUCACACAAGAGAUGGUGAACCGUGGGCAAGUGGGCUUCUACAGUGAUGGCAGUCUUUCAGAUGGCUUUAUGGAGUUCAUUGUGUCAGAUGGGGAACACCAAACAGAGCCUCACACCCUUCACAUUGGUGUCCUAUCACGUACCCUGCUUCUUGACAAAGCUCCUGAGAUCAAAGUGAAGCAGGGUGACGACGAAACCCUAGUGACUGAAGAAAUGUUGAGGGCCACUACUGGGGGCCCUGUAGAGGAGGAAAUUCUUUACAAAAUCACAAGUGUUCCUAAGUAUGCAGCUGUCAUGGUAGACCGGCAGCCAACAUCAGCCUUCACCCAGAAACAGAUCAAAGAAGGUAGAGUCAGUGUCCGCUUUGUCAAGUCCACUUCACCUCGAGACAGUGUAGCAUUUGUGGCACGCAGCCGGGCUGCUAAUGUCUCCUCGGUCCUCAACAUCACUGUACAGCCGCUGGCCAACAUCGCUCAGGAUCCUCUCCUACCCCAGGGUGCGCUUGUCCAACUGGACAAAAAGCUACUGGAUUCAACUCCCUUGGCCAACAAGACCCGCAGCUCUCCCACAUUUACUGUCAUCCAGCAGCCAAGAGGAGCUCGUUUUGUGAGGUCUGGAGGUCCUGGUGCAGGUCAGCCAUUAGACUCAUUCAGCCAGAAGGACCUGGAUGAGGGUCGUGUAGCUAUGGAAGUCUUAACCAGCUCCUCUGGAUCACAGGGCAGUGCCGCUCAGGAUGAGGCCCGCUUUCUGCUCAAAGCCCAUGGGGUCCCUCCUGCAGAAUGUGUGCUUUCUUUCCAGACAGGGCCCUACAAUACUUCUGGCCUUUACCCUGCAACUCUGUUGAGGAUUCCCUCCAAGGGCAGUAAAAUCCUUCCUGAUAGGAGUGGGUCCCCUGAUGCCACCCCAUCUAGUCCCCACUGGAGAACGACAACAGCAUCUUCUGACUCUACCGUCCACGGGAGACCACAUGUUUCCCGGCGCAGCAACUUCUGGUCAAUUCUCAUCCCCAUCCUUGUGGUGCUCCUCCUCUUGCUGUUGGCGGCCGUGUUGGCUUAUUAUCUGAUCCGUAAAAACAAGACAGGCAAGCAUAACGUCCAGACCGCCGCAUCCAAGCCCAAAAACGGAGAGGUAGCUGGCACAGAAACUUUUCGCAAAACUGACCCGGCUAAUAACAUCCCCAUGUCCAACGUGAACUCCAAAGAUGCAGAUCCGGAGCUGUUGCAGCACUGUCGGACAACAAACCCAGCCUUGAAAAAGAACCAGUACUGGGUCUGAAACCCUUUGAGACUGGACAUAUAAGGAGGUGGAUCCUGGAAUGUUCAAAUCCUCCUCAAAUCAUUCCUCUCAGUAUUAAAGACCUCUUGCCACGCAGUUUAAAUAAAACUAGUCUUUAGGCACCAUUGUUUAUUUUCUUAUCUGAGCAUAACUGUGGACAAAAUCUCAGGCAACGAAACACUGAACACUCAUUGGCAAAGAAAGAGGCAGUUGUUGCUUUUUUUCUAUCUUAGGAGGCCUGUGCCAUGUCUAUUUAUUUUAGUAUUAUCAUUCCUCUUUGUCAAAGGGCACAAAUGAAGACAUAAACAUGCCAUGUGUUUGCAAAAAGUAUUUGUGGGUGUGCUCUGUAAUUGUAUUCCAUUUGAUAUCAUAGGCCAAUAUUAUUCAUUUGACUGGAUAGGUGAUGUAAUGUCUUGGUAGUGUGAUUCAUUUUUUGGUUCAGGAAAGUCGAUAAAUGUGUAUAUGCUGUAAGUAAUGAGGUAAAUAUGUUACCUCAUCAAGUAGAUGACAAACUGCCUCUUUGUGUUUUCUCAGAGUUUUCAAUUUUCUUCAAGGCACCAUCAGAUGUUGUUUGUCUUGGGGCUAAUUCGGGUUCACGGUACAUGCAUCACAACCCGACAUUAGCUACAGACUAAUUGUCACCCUUAUUUUCAGCCUUUAUGCCAAGCUAAGCUAAUGGUUGGCUAUUGGCUGUAGCUACAAAUACAACACUGUAUGUCCCAAAAUACAAAAUAUACAACUGUUACUUUAUUUUCAAGAAAUUCUACAAGUCCAGCUGACCUUAUUCAACGCUUAGAGUUUUAAAAGAAGAUAUCUUAGAUUGAAGCAUUUUUUUGGCUCUAUUUAGCUCCAAGUCACGUCAUCAUCUGUUGUAUUGUCACAUGUUUCUGCAUGCUUCCAGAGUUGUAAAUAUUUACUGGACUGGCACAGCACUGACUGCAUAACUAAACAGUACACAGUUAGUGAACCACAGACAGGACAUUAUUUGAGUGGUAUUGGCCUUAAACACAUCCUUAAUAGCUGACAGGCAGCUGUGAGGUCAAGUCGAACUGGGACAUUUCCAGUGUCCAAGUCUGCAAUUAAGCAUUCAUAAAAAGAAAACAAAAAAACAUAUUGGUGCUGGUGCUGGAAUAAUGAAUAAAAUGCUCCGCUGGUUAGGUUACGUUAACGUAAAAUGACACUGACUGAAUUUUAGUCUUCAAAGCUAUUUCUGAUUUUAAGCAUUCCAUAUGUAAGCUCUUUAUAUAGGCUGUCAUAUAUUAAGAUUAAAUAAAUCUUUAGACUUGUUUUUUGUAUGUUAAAACUGAGAAGAGAGCUACUGUACAUCAAAAUCUUCCUCUUUAGUUUCCCUUUGUUGUCACUCUGGCCUGUGAGAGUUGCCUUUUGAAUGUUGAAUGAGGUAAAGGUGAAGGUAAAAGUGCACAAUGAUGAACUUUUAUAUCCACUAAUGAAAAGAAAGACCGAAACAUCUGAUUUUCUGAAAAGUGUUUGACUAUUUGCUGUACGUCUCUUUUCUCUGUAUACCAAUGACACCUUACUCUUCGUUAGUCAUAUACUGAAUUUCCAGUCAUUUUUAUUAAUUUUCUAUUGACUUUUUUAUUUUUGUAGUGUUUCGAUAAAAGUAAAUAUAGAUUGACACAGAGCUCAGGUAGUGAUGUGUUUCAGGAGACUUUGUAUUUCCAGUGACAUUAUCUCAUAGCCGUAAUAAAAAAAAAAAGUUUGGUUCCUCUUUCAGGAAACCGCAUCCAAAUCUUACCAGUUUUAUUUGUAAAUAUUCUGCUUUUGAGUAAGAUUUUUGGGCCUGAUUAACAUUUCAAAUUAUAUAUAUCUAUAUCUAUCAUGUUUUGCGUUGCAGGUAUAUAUACAUGUAACGACAUAUAAUUAGACUGAUGAGCUAUAUGAGUUUUUUGUCUGCAAUUAUGUGUGUGUGUUUGUGCAGGUGCCUGUCACUCUUCUGUUUUCUGUUCACUGAAGGUUCACUCUCAUCACCAGCUCCUCUCAUUUUUCAUUAUUUAUUAUUUCUGUCACUCCCCAUUCAUCAAGUCAUAUUCAUGUUGUGUGGACUUUGUCAGAGAUUAAACUGUUGUCUGUAAACUACAGGUGCCUUUGGAAAUAAUCUUAUUAAGCGAUGUUUAGCUUUUGGAACAAGACAAUUGUGCUUUGAAGGUGCAGAAUGUCUCUGAGUUUGUUCUCGGCACUAAUAGAAAUAAAACGUUCAUGCAACAGAA